AUGCCAGGUGGUAUCCAGGAAAUCAACAGGAAUACCAAGAAGGUAGCAAUGGUUGCUUAUGAAAUGCUGGCACAUAAAAUCCACUGGAACGGUAGAUCGGCGGUAAAAAUUUACGGAUGGCAUGACGUCAUCAUGCAAGGACCAAUUAUUGCUUUUAAUCUGCUUCGUGGCGAUGGCAGUUAUACGGGUUAUGCAGAGGUGGGUGAUCUCUCUUCAUAUCCCACCAUCUUCUUUUGGUGCUCAAUAUUUGAAGUGGAGAAGAUGGCCAAUCUCUUUGGUAUCGAUCUCCGAACGGGAUGCUUCUGUAAUUCUGGUGCGUGUCAGAAGUACUUAGACCUCACAAAUGACCAACUAUUGCAAAUUUUUGAGGUAUUAUCCCAUCAUUUCACUGAAGACGUAAAUCGCCGAUGA